AUGGAACAUGCAAAACCUCAUGCACAGUUCUCCGACGUGUAUUCUGAAGUCAUCGUCAGCUCAAGUGCAGUCUCAAUCCAUCUCGUAACCAGAGAGGAGUGUGUACACAGAUAUUUUUUUCUUUCAAGAACAUCUGUGACACAAAGGUUAAACUUUUCCCAGUUUCUCCUCUUCACUUUGUUGAAUGCAGAUGUUCAGGGUCCUCCUAAGAAGGAGUCCUCAGGGCCUGAAAGCAGUGGGGAUGUGGCGGGUCGAGUUAGACUCCACCCAUCUCCAUCUCGCAGGAGACAUCGAACCACCUUCAGCCAUGAACAGCUGGAGCAGCUGGAGAUAGCCUUCAGACACAACCACUACCCUGACAUCUACUGCCGCGAGGAGCUGGCUCAGCAAACUAAACUCAAUGAGGCCCGCAUCCAGGUUUGGUUCCAGAACCGUCGUGCCAAGCAACGGAAACAGGAGCGGGCCACUCAGAAAUCCCUGCAAGGAGGUAUGCUGCCAGGACGUGGGGUUCUCCCAACACACUUCUCCCAAAGUGCACGUGCUGGUAUAGCAAGACAGUACCAGUGCUCUCAUUCCCUGCCACACAUACCCAAAUUUUCAGCAGUGCUGCCCUCUGCUGAUUUCUCACCACACACAGCAGCCAGUACUCAGCUGGCCUGUGCUUCAGGUCCCACUGCAGCCCAGCCUUCCAGACAACACGAGGACUGGUACUGUCAGCUGAGGCACAUUGGAGGUCCGACCACUAGCCUGCCCCAUGCCUCUGUGUUUUCCCUGACCUCUGUGCCUGCUCUGGAGCCAACUGUGCAUUGGAACUAGACAAGAGCGAAGACCUAAAUUCUUUUAUUUAGAUUUUUUUAGUUUAUAUUCCAGGUUCAAUUAGGUUAAUGACUGAUUUAAAAGUCUGUGUUUUGUGUGUUCGUGUGUUCACAUCUACACAAUUUCUCCAAUUUAAUGUCCAGGCAAAAAAUGAAGGAAAUAUUUUCACACAUUUUUAUUACAGCUCUUGAAGUUAUCUGUAUGCAUUCUUUCAAAAAAAAAAAAAAAAACGACAACAACAAAAACUAAUAAUUCACACUUCAUUCAUAAUCCCAGAAGAACUGACAUUUGAAAAUAUAAUAAAUCAGUAAAAACUCUCGUUGACAUUCUGAAUAAUCUGGUUUCACUAGGUUGGUGUUUGGUCUUGUAGAAAUUCAUUUUUCAUGUGUUCUUAAACAAAGCUACAUUUCAUAUGAUCGUAUAUUUACACAAUUUAACCCAUACAUUUGCUUAGACAUCAAAUGUCAGGCCUUUUAAUAGCAAUAAAUUAGACUUGGUAUAUGGUGACUGUUGUCUAUUCUCCCUGCUCACAAAUAAACUCAAGUAAAGUCGAGAUUCUAAACAGCAGCAGCAACAAUACAUGACAAGAAUAUGACAGGAUUGGAUUACAUUCGAGUUGUUUAACAGAAAAAAAACAAACAAAAAAAAGUAGUCUAGAAAAAGUACCUUCAUCACCCUUAACUGUUCUUUAAUAAACAAUGAUAUACCUAAGUCUGAAAUUCCUAUUCCCAUUUACUGCUAGAAUAUGCUGCACAAUACAAAUUAGUAGCUUCCUGGUCUCCUAUUUAUUAUUUUUUAUCCUGUUUAUUUGUUCAAAAAGCAAGAACAGGUUCUGGCUUAGCAAUGUGAUGGAUAUGGCUGCUUGGGGAUUUUUACAUCCAAUUUCAAGCUAGCUGCUGGUUAUCAACAUUAAAGCCAGGAAAGUUUCAAGCUUGACAAAAAAACAUCAGAACUGGGAUUUUAAUAGUUAUUUCAUAUCACGGUUUCUUAUUAAGUAAACUACUUAAAAUACCCAUGGAAUGUAUAAAGGAUUACAUUGAAAAGUUAUUAAUCUUGACAAUAGUUAAUCAACACAAAAUUAAUAGGUUUUUUUUUUCAGCAAGGAAAAGAAAAAAAAUACUCCCUCCAUUAUUUUACAUUCGAAAUGUUGCCUUAA